AUAUAUAUAUAUAUAUUCUGAUCACUAAUGUCACACAACUUUUCUCAUCUCUCUCUGGUGGAAAUAAUAUCACAAAGAUCACUCCCUUCUGGUACGUAUCACAACAUAUUCUCUUACUGUUUUUAUAGAUUUGUUUACUUACUGUGUUUUGUUUAUUUGUUAGAUACGAUUAUACGAGACUACGGCAAAGUGAUCAUUAUAAUAAAGAAGAGAAUGGUAGUGACUACUAUGCUGAACUAUUUGUUUGUUAUCAUAACUGGAUGGUUAUUAAUGACAACAUCGUCAACAGUGCUAGCUAUAUUUGUCAAACCUGGCUGUCCAGAAAAGUGCGGAAACAUAACUAUUCCAUUCCCAUUCGGAAUUGGAUCGUCCAAUUGUUAUAUUGACAAAUGGUUCGAAAUCUCCUGUCACAACUCUACUACGCCUUUCCUCGAACACACUCAACUACAACUACAGGUACUUAACAUUUCUAUACUUGAUAAUUACGACAGUAGACCAUCCGAAUGGGUUCAGGUGAGAAGCCCCAUCAGUUUCUUCAACUGUGCAAAUAAGACAAGCAAAAAAUCAGCAAACUUAACAGGAAGCCCCUUCUACUAUUCUUCUGAGAAUGACUUUGUUGCAGUAAGUUGUGGUGCUUUUGCCAAGUACGAAACAAGGAGCGGUAACAGGCUCGUCCAGGAUGGGUGCACCAGCAGCAGUUCCACCUGCUCAUCAUCAUUCAAUAGUAGUAAUAAUGUUGAUUUUAGUAAUUGCGACGAUGGCGUUAAAUGUUGUCGUAGUACUUCUUUCUCUAUAGACAGUGGUGCCAGCUUCAAAAUCUCCAUGGAUAAUAAUUCUAGUACGACUCUUGCAACAAAUCGUGAUAACGAAUAUUGUAAAUAUGCAUUCCUGAUUGAUCGAGUUGGGAGUGCUCUUGGAGUCUUAGUACUUGUUUUUGGUACAUGGAGACUAUACAAAUUCAUAAAGAAAAGAAAAGAAAUUAAACAGAAGAAAAUAUUUUUCAAACGAAAUGGUGGCCUUUUGUUGGAACAGCAAAUACACUCGAGUGAAAACAAUGUCGAGCAAACCAAGUUGUUCGAUGCAAAAGAGUUAGAGAAGGUAACAAAUAACUUUAGUAUAGACAGAGUUCUUGGACAAGGAGGUCAAGGAACUGUGUACAAAGGAAUGUUGGAAGAUGGAAAGAUUGUUGCCAUAAAGAAGUCUAAAAUAAUUGAUGAAGCCAAACUCUCAGAAUUCAUUAAUGAGGUUGUUAUUCUUACGCAAAUCAAUCAUAGACAUGUUGUCAAGCUAUUGGGUUGUUGUUUGGAGACAGAUGUUCCACUUCUAGUUUAUGAAUUUGUCCCAAACGGAACGCUUUCUGAGUAUAUUCAUGACAAAAAUGUAGAGUUUCCUUUUACAUGGAGCAUGCGAUUACGAAUUGCAACUGAAGUUGCGGGAGCUCUCUCAUACUUACACUCAGCAGCUUCUUUUCCAAUUUAUCAUCGAGAUGUCAAGUCUACAAACAUACUCCUUGAUGAAAAAUUGAGAGCUAAAGUUGCAGACUUUGGUACAUCAAGAACUAUUUCCUUAGAGCAAACACACUUGACCACGGUAGUUUAUGGCACAUUUGGUUAUCUAGAUCUAGAAUAUUUUCAAACAAGUCAAUUUACAGAUAAGAGUGAUGUUUAUAGUUUUGGAGUGAUUCUUGUUGAGCUCUUGACUGGACAAAAAGCAAUAUCUGCUGCAAGAUCAGAGGAAGGAAGAAGUUUGGCAACAUAUUUCAUAAUGACAAUGGAGGAAAAUAGCAGUAGUCUGUUCGAUAUUCUUGAUGGUCAAAUUGUCAAAGAUGUGCUAAAAGAAGAGAUCUUAAUUGUUGCUAAUCUUGCACAAAAAUGCUUACACUUGAACGGAAGGAAUAGACCUACCAUGAAAGAAGUAGCAAUGGAGCUCGAGAGGAUACAAGUCAUUGAUAAUAAAGAUGCAAAGGGUAGUCAACAUGAUUAUGAAGAGCUAGCAUAUGCACAACCUGAAGUUAUAGACUACUCUUGGAAUGCUUCCACGUCAUCAACUUUUGAUAGUAAUGCGUUCUUCGUUGCAUCAAGAAUUACCAUUAUUAUAAGGUUGUUGUAG